AUGCUUAUUGCUUCUAGAACUUUUUCGUUCACUCGUCUCCUUGCUCUUGAUGUCGCUAUUUCGCUGUAUAUUUGGAAUGUGUGGGCACCUGAUUGGAACUAUAACGUCGACUCGUUUUGGAAGCAGACAAGCCACGUGGCGGAUAAUUUGAAUGGUACAAUAAACUGGCUGAGGGACAAUCCGGCUGGUCUCAAGUUGAACACUCCAGUAAAUGAAACACUUGCGUGGUUCUUCAGUUAUCACAUCUACUUGUGGACCACAUUCAUCGGAUUCCUUCGGUACGAUGUAUUCUAUCGUUAUGUCACCAAUUCACUCGUCUUCGGAUUGUCAACAUUCUCAUCUAUGAUCUACGAUCUUUCUCAAAUAUUCUUCCUUCACUUUAACUGUUUCGAUGCGUAUGCAACGAAACUUUGCUAUCUCUGCUACUAUACGCUGACAGUUUUGUGGAGUUUGGUGAGAGGAAAAAAACAUAACCCACUUCGCGAGAGAAUGGAUACUAUUACACUGGAUACUCGGCAACAGUUCCUGGCUACAUCACUCUUUGUUAUCCUUCUUUUCAUUCUACCAACUGUUUUUGUAUAUUUCGUUGUAUUCCGAAGCCUUCGUUUAGCUGUUUCUGCUAUUCAAACAGUUAUCUACUUCUUCGGAACAUGGCCAUUUCAGAUAUUUGCUCUACAAAAGUAUGUAGUUCGGAAAUACUACGGGAAACCGAUUGCGGAAGAAACCAGCGACAGUCCAGCUACAUAA